ACCCCUGAGAAUUUCACUUCCUAAAAAAGCACCCAAUCUUUGAAGCUUCCAAACGGGAAAUUUUCCGUCGAAAUUCAGGAUUUUCCGGGCUGAUUGGAAAUCUCUCUCGAGAUUUCUCUCCCUUUUUCUUUCGAGUUUUUCGAGCACUUCAUUGCCUGUAAGUUAAGAUAAGAUGAUGGUUGGGACACCAGCUACGCCAUUGUCCAAGAUACAAAGGACCCUUAGUUCUACUCCGGGAGGCCUGAGAGUUCGCGGCGAGAAAAUAUUAGUCACCGUUCGUGUGAGGCCAUUAAGCAGAAGAGAGCAAGCAUUGUAUGAUCUCAUAGCUUGGGAAUGCGUGGAUGAACAUUCCAUUUUCUUCAACAGUCCGAAUCAAGAACGAGCUCCGACUUCAUACACAUUCGAUAAGGUUUUCGGUCCAAGUUGUGCAAAUCAGAAGGUUUAUGAAGAAGGCGCCAAGGAUGUCGCCUUAUCUACACUUAGGGGAAUGAAUGCUACAAUUUUCGCAUAUGGGCAGACUAGUAGUGGUAAGACAUAUACCAUGAGAGGAAUUGCAGAAAAUGCUAUUAAGGACAUAUAUGACCAUAUAAGGAAUACCCCUGAGAGAGAUUUUAUCUUGAAACUUUCCGCUUUGGAGAUCUACAAUGAGACUGUUGUUGACCUUUUGAAUCGCGAAUCUGGUUCCCUGCGGCUUCUGGAUGAUCCUGAGAGAGGGACAAUUGUGGAAAAACUAGUUGAAGAAGUUGUAAAGGAUGGCGAACAUCUAAGGCACUUAAUCAGCAUAUGUGAAGCUCAAAGGCAAGUGGGAGAAACUUCUCUAAAUGAUAAAAGCUCAAGAUCCCAUCAAAUAAUCAGGCUGACCAUAGAGAGCAGUCUUCGGGAAAGUUCAGGGUGUGUGAAGUCCUUUGUAGCCAGCUUGAAUCUUGUAGACCUGGCUGGUAGUGAACGUGCGUCCCAAACAAACGCAGAUGGUACACGAUUAAAAGAAGGUAGUCAUAUCAACCGUAGUUUGUUGACGCUUACAACAGUGAUUAGGAAGCUAAGUGGUGGAAAAAGAAGUGGCCAUAUACCUUACAGAGAUUCGAAACUCACUCGAAUAUUGCAGUCCUCACUCGGGGGGAAUGCUCGGACCGCAAUUAUAUGCACCAUGAGCCCAGCUUUAAGCCAUGUGGAGCAGACAAGGAAUACACUUUCAUUUGCAACUAGUGCAAAGGAAGUUACUAACAAUGCCCAAGUAAACAUGGUUGUUUCAGACAAGAGAUUAGUGAAGCAUUUGAAGAAGGAAGUGGCCCGACUUGAAGCAGAGCUGCGAAGUCCAGAGCCUUCUUCAUUUUCAUGCUUUAAGUCUUUGAUAGCAGAGAAGGACUCGAAGAUUGAGCAGAUGGAGAGAGAAAUGGAAGAGCUAAAGCGCCAGAGGGACCUUGCACAAUCGCAGCUUGAAUCAGAGAGAAAAGCACACAAGGUUCCAAAGGGAUUGAAUCAACGUGGACCAUCUUCAGACGUCGUCAGGUGUCUCUCUUUCAAUGAUGAUAAUAGCGAGUCAGUUCUCGGAAAACUCACUCCUGAACCCCAGUCAAGAACCGCGGUUCGAAGGCAGGCAAUGGUCAGGAGAUCAGUCACUUCUACUGAUCCUUCCACUCUAGUGCACGAGAUCAGAAAGCUCGAGCAGCGCCAGAGGCAGCUUGGUGAGGAAGCAAACCGCGCACUUGAAGUGCUGCACAAGGAAGUUGCUUCCCACAGACUGGGAAACCAAGAAGCUGCUGAGAACAUAGCAAAGCUGCUGUCUGAGAUCCAGAGCAUGCAAGUGGCUAACUCCGUUUGUGAAGAAACUGUGGUAGGAGGAGGAGAUCAGGCCAAUCUAAUCGACGAAAUCAGUCGGUUCAAAUGUCAAGGAAGCACCAUUGAGUCUUUAGAGAGAAAGCUUGAGAAUGUUCAGAAAUCCAUAGACCAGCUGGUUUCAUCUUUCGCCACUCAUGAGGAGACUCCUUCCGAGUGCAAGACCACCCCACCAAGGAAGAAGAAAAUCCUUCCUUUCAACUUGAGCAAUAAUGCAAAUAUGCAAAACAUAAUUAGGCCUCCAUGUUCACCUUUGUCCUCUUCUUGUAAAGUUAGGGAGAAUGAGAGAGAGAACAAGGCGCCCGAAAAUGAUGACGUGCCUAAUGGUGGUGGAACGGUGCCAUGGCAGUGUAGAGUUACUCCAUUGAAGAGUGAUGAAAGUGGUACUUGUGUGUCGUCAAGAGAUGGCACUCCAAUUGCUAGGAAGUCGAACUCGGUUAAUGUGAAGAAGAUGCAGAGAAUGUUCAAGAAUGCUGCUGAUGAGAACAUAAGAAGCAUUAGAGCUUAUGUAACUGAGUUGAAAGAACGAGUGGCAAAGCUGCAAUACCAAAAGCAACUUCUUGUUUGCCAGGUAUUGCAAUUGGAGGAGUCAAAUGAAGCUGGAGCUGAAGUAACAGAAAGUCUUGUUCCAUCUCCUGAGCCAUGGGAAUUGAUAUUUGAGGAGGAGAGGAAGGAGAUCAUCAUGUUAUGGCACUUAUGCCAUGUUUCAAUUGUUCACCGCACGCAGUUUUACAUGUUGUUCAAGGGAGAUCCUGCUGAUCAGAUGUACCUGGAAGUCGAACUUAGACGACUAACAUGGUUGGAACAACACUUGUCGGAUCUUGGCAAUGCCAGUCCUGCCCUUUUAGGGGAUGAACCUGCAGGCUCAGUUUCAGCAAGCAUUAGGGCCCUUAAGCAGGAAAGAGAGUACUUGGCCAAGAGGGUGAGUUCCAAAUUGACUGUGGAAGAGAGAGAAAUGCUUUAUACCAAAUGGGAAGUCCCACCAGGAGGAAAACAAAGAAGGUUACAACUGGUAAACAAGUUGUGGACUGAUCCUUAUAACAUGCAACAUGUGCAACAGAGUGCGGAGGUUGUUGCAAAGCUUGUUGGGUUCUGUGAAUCAGGUGAACAUGCAAGCAAAGAGAUGUUUGAGCUCACCUUUGUUUGCCCUUCUGAUAAGAAGUCUUGGAUGGGGUGGAAUUUGAUCUCAAAUCUUUUGAACCUGUAA